GUUUCGUUGCGGCCCUGGCAGUGAUGUGGCCGCUGACUUUUUUGGGAGACCGCCAGGCCACAGUAGCGAAUCGUCUUCGUUGCACCGGCACUCGAAGCAUGAUUGCUGGCCGGCCCCGGCGGAGACGGAGUCCCUGGCUCAUAGCUAGGACUGGCGUUGGGCCAAUGAGCUGCGAUGAUUGGUGGUGGUCAGGUGGCCCGGGCGAUGAGAGCGAGGACGAGAUCUUGGUUGUUGUUCCCAUUCCUGAUGCGGCUGCAGCCCGAGACGUCGUGGUUGACAUCAGGGCGAGGCUCCGGUGCUGGAGGGUCCUCUGUGGAAGGAGAUCAAGGCGGACGAGUCUGGAUGGGUCAUCGACCAAGAACGUGGACAACGCUGCAUCAUUGUCACACUCAUCAAGCGAGAUGUGUGGAUUGAUUACGAUUUUCUGCUGA